AUGGAAACAAGCAAUUUUUCCACUGAAAAACUUUUACGUAACUAUCUACGAACUCUUCAAAACAAUUUAGAUACUAGUACGAUAGAAUCCGUUAUAGAUUUUUUACAGGAACCUUUAGACUUUCUUGAAAAUGGAAAUUCAUGGCAUGGUCCAGCCACGAGUCCCGGAUCUCAAAAAUAUUUCAUUACAAAGCUCUACUCUAAGCAUUUAAAAUUUAUAAUAGAUAAUAUCAUAAUUAAUUGGUCUGAAACAUUAUUACGAAGACAAAAAGAUAUGCUUGUAAUGGAAUAUUUUGUUCCAAAAGGAACCAAAAAUUUACAGAAAAUAAAAAGAGCAAGCAUCUCACUGCAAGUUUUAGUAUCUUAUUUUUCUACUUCUUAUCAAUCACAGAAUGAUUUGAAGAUAUAUCAAAAACAUCAAACGUAUUUACCAACAAUAAUUCAAAAAUUCGUAUUUUCACUUUUGAAAAGCUAUUCUAUUCAAGAUUUUUUUGAUGCGAUUUUAAAGAAUGAAGAAGUCGAUAUAAGAGAAAGAUAUUCGGAAUGGAAAGAAUUUGUUGGAUUAAUUUGUUCAAUACCUGAAAGAUCCGCGAAUUUGAUGGCUUUUAAUCAAAAUUUAGGAUCCAGAGAAGAAAAGGAUGAGAUUCAAACUCUGGUAUUCGCAUGUAAUGAAUUAUUUUCCAAAAUAUGUAGAAUUGGACAUUCAAUUACUUACAAAGUACCAUUUUAUAUUAUCUACAAACCGAACACAGAAAUCCUAGCGCAAACAGUAUAUAAAAGUCUAUUAAUUAGAUUUCAUCAUUCUACAUCUUACAUAUAUUACAAGAUUUGGAAAACCAUGAUUUCAUCAUUCUCAUCACAUGUUGCUGAGUCAUUUCUUACAGCAUUUCUUCUUCACUCUCAAAGUCAAGAUCUUUCAAAGAUCACAAAUCCUGUAUCCACCGAAGAUAAAUCACGUUACCUAGUACGCAAAGUUGCUACACUACUAAGUUUAUUAAUCGGGAAAGAUAAUAACGAAUUUGUCUCUUACUUAAUCAAAUUCAAAUAUUUCGUUGGAGGAAAAAUUUUUCCUAUCAGCAUUGUCCGAGUUCUUUGUUGUUUCUUGAGUUGGGGUGGAUUUCAAGAUCGACCCGAUGAUAUGAUGCAAACGUUUACCGGUCAAAUAGAUAACCUUAGAUUAGGGCCUAAUGAUGACUUGACGCUAUUACUUAAAACGCUCAUAUCAUCCUGGUCUGAUCCUACGUUCAUUAAGCAUGCAUCGAGUUCCGUGCAAAUGUAUAUUACUAGUGCCAUUCUAAUAAUAUUUGGAUAUCUUCCAAAGUCUACUUUGAUAAAAGCCGCAAUUUUGAGGGAUAUCACACCUGGAAUCACUCGAUGGCUACAGAGCACAUCUGAAGAAGCGAGAAAGAUGGGAAUGGUUACUGCGGAAAUAUUCUCAAAAUUAACUGACGUAUUAGAAAACGUUUUGGACUUUGAGCUAAAUCCUGAAGACGAUGACGUGAAAUAUUUUAGACAAUUGGUGGAACUUAAGGAUGGAAUUGUAGACUUGCCUGAUUUUGAUUACGAAGAUAAGGUUGAAGCCGAUCUGAAUGGAGAGCAGAUUUCGGAAGAAUAUUCUAAUCAUGAAGAUAAUGUCAAUAAUGAAGACUUGGUCGAAAUCAAGGAUGUUAAAGAUGAUAAUGAAACGCGCGUUGUAGAUUCUGAUGAUGAAGACGAUUUUGUGCCUUAUCCAAUGGAAAAAGAAAGUGACGAUGAUGAGGAAGAAGAUGAAUCUAUACCACAAACAAAAAAGGAAAGAAUACUCACGCCAGUUUAUAUUAUAGAUUUAUUAACAUAUCUAAAAGCUUCAGAUGAUCCUGGUAAGUUGGAGGUAGCAAUGAAUGCUGCAAAAAACCUAAUUAGGCAGAAGACCGGCUUUGGAACAGAAUUAGCCAAGAUUCUUAUUGGAUUGCAAGAUAACUUUGAAUUGACAGGAUUUGAAGAAAAUAGACACGCAGCAAUGAUAGCUCUUAUAUGUGGAAGUCCGAAAAUUGCCGUACCAUUUAUUAUUCAACAAUUUUUCGAAAAAAAAUAUUCACUUGCGGAAAGAUAUAUGAUUUUAUCAACAUUAUCAACAGGUGCAAGAGAAUUGGCUGGAUUACAGAGCAUUGAAGAUAAAAAGGAAAAGGAAACCGCUAUAAUAGAUACAUUAUCCCAAGAAAUUAGUAAAUUAGAUCUCACUAACAUAAGAAGUUUAAAAGAAACAAGUAAUGAUAAAGUUCGCAGAUUUUCUCGUAAACCGUUGGUUGAAUCGGCUCGUACAACUUCUGUUAAUAGGUUUAAUGAAUUGGCGGCAAAGACUUUCUUUUUCCCGUUAACGGCUGGAUUUUGGAAUUUGACACGUGAUAGUGAUCUUGGUAAUUUUAUGAAGGAUCCAACAUUAAUACAAAGAUACGUAACUACGUUAGGAGUAUUUGUUCAAUGCUCUGUAAACACGAUUGCUCUUACACAAAUAACGCGCGAAUAUUGGGAUUUGAUACUUUCUUUGAGAUUUUUUGAUGAUCUUGCGGUAUUAACUUCAAUUUUAUUUGGAAUAAAUGUAAUACUUAAUACAAGUUCAGAAAGAGAGUUGGCAGAAUCAUAUGGGAAAGAAUUAAUUGAAACAAACCAAUGGGUUACAACUAUCUUUGAAAAUAAGAUGAAUGAACAAGCUCGGUCCAUGGCUGCGUGGGUUUUAGUUAAAAUCAAAGGAAUCGUUACAGAAUAUCAGAGAUUAUUAAUGGAAGAUUUGUUACCACUUACUUAA